AUGUUACAAGGAUACCGCCACCAUGGUCAGGAAGGACAGUCGUCGAUGAUACAAGCACACCGCCACCAGGGUCGGGAAAGACUGUCGUCGAUGUUACAAGGAUACCGCCACCAGGGUCAGGAAGGACUGUCGUCGAUGAUACAAGAAUACCGCCACCAGGGUCAGGAAGGACUGUCAUCGAUGUUACAAGGAUACCGCCACCAGGGCCAGGAAGGACUGUCGUCGAUGUUACAAGGAUACCGCCACCAGGGCCAGGAAGGACUGUCGUCGAUGUUACAAGGAUACCGCCACCAGGGCCAGGAAGGACUGUCGUCGAUGUUACAAGGAUACCGCCACCAGGGCCAGGAAGGACUGUCGUCGAUGUUACAAGGAUACCGCCACCAGGGCCAGGAAGGACUGUCGUCGAUGUUACAAGGAUACCGCCACCAGGGCCAGGAAGGACUGUCGUCGAUGUUACAAGGAUACCGCCACCAGGGCCAGGAAGGACUGUCGCCGAUGAUACAAGGAUACCGCCACCAGGGCCAGGAAGGACUGUCGUCGAUGUUACAAGGAUACCGCCACCAGGGCCAGGAAGGACUGUCGUCGAUGUUACAAGGAUACCGCCACCAGGGCCAGGAAGGACUGUCGUCGAUGUUACAAGGAUACCGCCACCAGGGCCAGGAAGGACUGUCGUCGAUGUUACAAGGAUACCGCCACCAGGGCCAGGAAGGACUGUCGUCGAUGUUACAAGGAUACCGCCACCAGGGCCAGGAAGGACUGUCGUCGAUGUUACAAGGAUACCGCCACCAGGGCCAGGAAGGACUGUCGCCGAUGAUACAAGGAUACCGCCACCAGGGCCAGGAAGGACUGUCGCCGAUGUUACAAGGAAACCGCCACCAGGGCCAGGAAGGACUGUCGCCGAUGUUACAAGGAUACCGCCACCAGGGCCAGGAAGGACUGUCGUCGAUGAUACAAGAAUACCGCCACCAGGGCCAGGAAGGACUGUCGUCGAUGAUACUAGAAUACCGCCACCAGGGCCAGGAAAUAUUUUGA